AAAAUAGCCUUAAGAUAACCUGAAGUAAAAAAGAAUCGGUUGUGUGUGAAGCUUUAUUUUACUUGAAGUAAUCAAAAUUUAUUUGUCAUGAAAUAUUUCUUAGCCUAUUUAGGCUCUAGUGUAAAGACUACCAUUGCUUUCCAGUGCUCAAUUACGUAAUACCCAAAAUCAGGCAUAUAAGGUAUUAAAGUUGAAUUGAGGAGCCUAUUUUAAAAAACAUAUUGGUAUUUCUUAACUACUCGAAUUCGAUGAGUCACAUUUUGGCUUAAGAAACUCCGAGGAAACCUAAGAGUUUUCCUUCUAGUCAACGUUUGGUGAGUAAAUAUUUAUUUUACUUUAACAAUUUGUUUAACUUGCACCAAAUAUAACAGGGAAAGACAGAGGAAAGUGAAUAUAUAGCAUGAGGAUCGACGCAGCUGAGCAUUUCGAGUAGUUAAGAUUAUCAUUGUUGUAGAUGAUUGCAUCAUCACAAUUCACGAGGUUUUCACGUGCGAUUCUGCUCAGUGAAACAGUCUUUAACUCCGACAACUUAUUUCUUCAUGUUUUACAAGCUAUUGCUUCUUAAAAGACAAGAGCCUUUUUUAAGGCGUUGGUUACAAAACGAAACAGGUCUUUAUACGUUCAAGUUACUAUUAUUAUUGUGAAAAGCCAAUCUGCAUGAGAUGUACAGUCACAAAACUGGCAUGUGAAAGUGUUGGACUUUGCCCCCUUUCGUGGUUCGUACAUGAGGGAAUUCGAGUUAUCACACAAUAAUCUAGUAAACAGAAUUAUAAAAAUAACUCAUGCACACAAUUUGCACGCGAAGAUGUUGGUCUUUAGCCCUUUUACAAUUCGUACGUAAAAAAACGCAAAUUGUUCACUACAAAAUUUUCUCAAACGAUUUUACGAAAUCACCUCAGCUUCAUUGUAACAAUGUUUCAUGCAACCUCAAGGUUGAUAGCCUAACAUUUAUUAACUUCCAAGAAAAUUAUCAAACUGCCGAAAUAUAUUUCUGCUCAUAUCAUGUUACUCCACUCAGUAAAACAGUAUCUAAUUAUUGUGUCAACUAGCUUCUUCCAAUUUUAUUCCCUAACGCUACUGUUUCUACUUAAGUUACUCAUCUUUACUAAAUAAAAUACGUUUCAAUAACUAUAAUGCUUAGUAUGCAGGAAGGAUGUAUCAUGUUGUUCACUUAUUACCCUUUUUUGUUGUUGUUGUUUUGCCAGAACAAAAAAGGUCUGUUGAACUUUGUAAGUGAGAGAAUAAUAUUUUUAAAGCUUGUUUACAGGAUUAACAAUACUCGGUACAGCUUUAAAAAAAAUAAGCUGCCUUUCAAACUUGUAAAACCACAUUUUCUAGGCCGCAUACUUUUAAAUUAAAGUCCACAUCUAAAUAUCCGUUAUAGCUUCACUGGAAGAGCUUUGAAAAUAUAUGAUCUUUUAUACUCUACCUUGAAGCAGGUGAAACACAACUCAUAAAUACGUACGUCAGUACCGUUCGCGAUAGCCGAAUUCGGUCAGAAAUGUCUUGAAAUAGCAUCCACACUAAAACAUGAACCCUUAAACAGCUGCAUCACUGUACACAGCGUUUGAAUCAUGAAGAUAUUUAAUAUAAUGUUUCCAAACACCAGUAGCCGUAAUAAAAGACGAAAACAUUGUGAAGAAUCAAGAUGGCGGUCUCAAAGUGCCCUUGUUCGACCUUUAGCAAUGUCAUGUUUAAGUAGAUGCCAAGAUCUCAUUGGUUCCUAAGCAUCAACUCAUAGUACCUUCAACCUCAUUGGCUCUUGCAACAAACAUUCGAACAUACAAAGAUACAAAGAUACAAAGCCACAAAGAUACAGAAGCUCACACCACUGACAUAUGAGCUAUUUUUUCAAAAUAGCUCAACUAGACUCGAUUUUGCCGAUUUUUGUCUCACCAUACAACGAAAAAAAUUCCAACAACUUGCAAAAUAGACUUUGCUUACGUUGGGAAUUAAAGCAUUAUUCAUUCAUAUAUUUCUCCCUGUUUCUGAUUGAUUUGAAUUGGUCAGUAUGUAUAUUGAGAGACAGGUGUUUUAAAUUUAUAACGGAGCGGGACUAACAGUACUGUAAACAGCCUUAGCUGAAACAACCUUUUUACUUUUCUGCAGAUCAUGUUUUCUACUUAGCACCAUGCCCUCUAAUAAGAAGAAGUGGAAAAGGGGCUUCGAUAAACGAAACAAGGACAUUCACGAUUUUAGAGGUAUGCAAACCAAAUGCAUCUUAAAACUUAGAGACAAUGACUAUCAUCUCCUGUGGGGUCAGUGUUAGCAUAGAAUUGGCGAACGAACUAUAAUAGAACAAAUUUUAGGCAACAGGCCCUUCAGCAGUUUUAAAAUAGUCCAGGUGUAGAUCUUUAUUUAAGAGUAUUCCAAUACUGUUUUAAACACGCCAAACUAAAAAUGUCAUUACACAUUUUUUCCUGGUCCUAGAAUCUGAAGAACGAACCCAAGAGGGAAAAGAGAACCCAGCACCAGGUCAGGGCGCCUGCGGGACAACUGCGGAUGAAAAACAAGGUAAAUGCAUUUUCCGGUAAAUUUACAAGUCUUUAAAUCAUGUGCAGUUUGGGUCAGUGGAUGUUAGAGCCAAGCUCGGCAGUGUGGUGUACCUCAGGAGUCUAUCGUAGGCUCUAUUUCAUACCGUUCUUCUCUGAUGUUAUUUAGAAAGUAGAUCUGCACCAAACUUUCUAUGCCACUGAUUAUCUUUCGUUUCAACCAACUAUACCUGGUGAUUUGAAUUGUGCUGUUUACAACAUUCAGUCAUACCUGUCCUGGCUGCAAUCACCUGGGCAAUUCCCGGACAGGUCCAGCCCUUCGGGCUCGGAGUCAUGGUGCUCUCCCUGGGUAUCUGACGUACAGUGAGGGAAAAUCGAAAAUACUUUUCGUUGAUGGUGAAGCACAUCGCUUUGUGGUUUACACGAUGGCGCUGGGCAGCGUGGAGAAGACACAACGUAUUUCUGGUCAAUGAGGAGGUCUCGGGGGUGGGUAAUUUUCAGUUCCACUGUCCUUCUCGUUUACAAACUGCAUCUUUGAAACGUCUGCACAUCUAGUUCCAGUAAAAGCUCGCCGUAGAGUAUGUCCUUGGGAAUUCUCCCGGCCUCCAUGCGGCUGACAUAGCUAAUCCAGCCCAGCCGUCUCUGACUGAGCAAGGCGAACAUACUAGAUACUCUCGCCUGUGCUAGGCGUGAUGCCCAAAAACCUUUCUGAGGCAGCACAGGUGGCAGGUGUUAAGUCUGCGCUCUUGGCGGGAGUAUAGGGUCCAGGUCUCGCUGCCGUAGAGCAGCGUACCUACAUAACAUAACAAAGCGAGCUGAGCACGCAGGCCUGGUACACCUUCAUCUUGGUGCUGAUGGUCAGCAUGGUGUUGUCCUAGACCUUCUCUCCAAGAUGGGCCAGUGAAUAGAGCCUUCGUGUUGACUUGGUCAAGGCUUUUUUCAGGUCGAUAAAGGCAAUAUACAGGGGUUUCCUUUGCUCACGACACUUCUCCUGCAGCUGCCUCAGUGAAAAGAUCAUGUCAACUUUUGACCUUAAAUUCUAACUGUGUACCCACACUGUGCCACACGGGGCACCUGAUCUGCUCGCGUCUGCAACCUGUUCAACACUACACGGGCAAAGGCCUUCCCAGUGAUACUCAAGAGGUAUAUUCCACGGUAGCUGUUACAGUCGCUGCAGUCUCCCUUGUUCUUAUAAAGUGUAAUGGUGUUGGCGUCGUGCAUUUCCUAGAGUACUGCUCCUUCCUCUCAACACUGUAGCAAGAGCUCAUGUAGAUGGUGAAGGACAGUGGUAUUCAUACCAACCUUCAUGACCGCUGACGGGAUGCCAUCGUUACCUGGUGCUUUGCCGCAGGCUAGAGAGUUGAUUGUUUUGCUUAGAAUGGUAAAUGCUUUUAGGUUGAGGGCGUACCUUGCUGCCCACCAAAGAGUAGUUGGUGCCACAGUCAGCACUGUGGUAACUGCGGGUACUGGGGACACAGCUGAUAAUUUUGAAAUUAUUUAUACCCAAGUUACUUAAUCGUAUACCUGCUUUUGCAGAGUAACCUAGCGAGCAGGAAAGUGACUGAUCCAAAUUUCGCUCUGAUUUUGUUCAGAUGACCACCACAGGAAAGAGGACAAAAGAGGACGCACGGGGAGAAAGGGUAAAAAAGGCAAGAACCAGGGAAAAAGAGAAACAAGUCCUUGUGAGUGUAGUUAAAGUUUAGAAAUGCAGUUUCAAAGACGUUAAGGUUGAUUUGGACAGAAUGAUAGCGAUACUCACGCUGACUUAACCUAUUGAUAUUAAUGUGCCAGCCAGAAGCGCAUUGUUGUUUCAAUCGUUACAAAUUUGAAUAAACAGUGAUGUCUCCUAUAGGAAAGCACUACUACCCAAAUUUUGUUUUCAAAAUUUGCAAUUGAAUCUUCGAGGUAGACUAGUGUCUAUUACAAUGUCAGCUACAACUAUCCACAGUUUGCGGUAAAAAUACCAUCAAACUAUAUUGUGAUCCUCUAGACUUCAUUGAGAUCAUAAUAUCAGUGACUGACAGUCUCUCUCAGGUCUCCACCAUCGUUAUGGUUCCUUAGAUAACAACCUUUACCAGAAAAAAUCACACACGCGGGGUACUCUGUGAUUUAUUGAUGCCAUCUACCAGUCUCUUUAUUUUACAAAGGGAUACCCGGGGGAUACGUCAUGCUAUAUUGGAAAUAAGUUGAGUUGCGGCCAUGGAUUAAAUCCUCUUCCGUGCCGAUAACUAGAGUCGUUUGAAAUGGUUUCACAUGCAAUGAUUUUUAUGCCCUUUAUAUGAACAGCCGUUGGAAAACAACAGGAACGAACACCAAGUGCAUCAGUAGCAGGAAACCAUGAGGUGGAAAGUGGAGCCACUGCUGAUAACAAACGAUUUGGAAAACAAUUAAAUGGUAAAAAAAAUCAUCCUUGUUUAAGCUUUGCCAUACAAUUGUUGGAUACACACAUUGACUCUGACGUCGAAUUAACAAACCAAACAGCUGCUCUUUUCCAGAAAUAAAAAACAACAAAUUCCAAGAAAGCGUUGUAUGGUUAAUGUAGCUAAAAACAAUCUGUUUAACCUAAAUUGUACAGCAAUUCCUCUUAAAUUGUCUGCUGCAUCGGGAAAAAGCCUCAGGAGAAGAAAAGGCCACUUGAGACGCGAAGACAUAAUUAUUGCAUUUCUAAAUACUUUCACCUAUAAUAUUUCAAAUAUAACCUUUUUGUACUUCCACCGAUUUGUCCUUAUUUCAGAUAACCAUCCUAACGAACAAAGCAAGCAAGGUAACAAGGGACACGGCCAAGGACCAUCACUGAACCACGAGAGGGGCUAUGCAAUGUCAUCAAAAGGAAGAGGGAAGCCUUUUGGUAAGGGCAAAGAUCACAUGUUGUUUGGGCAACCCCUCCACGCUCCAGGCAUUUUGCUGUUAUGAUUCCAAACAAGUAAACAGAGCAUGCUCACGAGGAAACAACGCGAAGUCAAAGACGGAAGAGAUUGAAAGGAAUAACUAGCUUUUGCCAAAAAACGUCUGAAAAUCCGUUAAUUUAUUCCCACGCUCACUAAGACUCAAAAGAAUAUAACAUUUAUGUGAGAAAUAUACGGUGAAGGACCAAUUAAUUUUCCCAUGGGCUGAUUUUACAAAACUAGUAACAUAUUUACAACAAUGCUUUAUAACAGUUGGUACCCUUAUGACAGUAUCUAUAUUUUUUUAAUGAAAUGCUGGAAAAUCUUUUACCAGUAUGAUAUCAAUUGGGUAGUUGUGUAUGAUAGGAUAGACUCGAUAAGCAAAUUAAUUUAUGCUGGAACGUUUUAUUUAUAACACAGAUGCUAAAACCCAAGACCAUCGACCCCCAAGGCCUGAUACAAUAAACGUAAAACCCGGUUUAUCACCGAACAAUACACGACCUCCUGCUCAGGAACCGUUUCGGCCGAAAGUUGCUUCCUUCGACCCCAAAGUGUUGAAAGAAAAAGAAAGCAGCCAGGUAGUCCAAAGGUUGAAUGAGGGACUACCUUACCUGAAAUUCCUUCUUCGAUCACAACAACAGCAGCACAACAGCGGUGAAUUCAUUUACGACCUUACAUGCACUUUAGCAAGAGCCUGUGAAGCGCCAUCAGGUGAAAACACGAAUAAGAUUCUAGCCGCACUUAAAGGCUCUCUUUUCUUGACUUCAAAAAUUCCCAGUCUUCUUCAUCUUCUUGAAGCAUCACCUUCAAUGAAUGGCCAAGUCUUUCUUCAAAGGCUUUUUCAGAGUUUCAUUGUGGUCUUCAUGAAAUACCUUAACCACUUGCCUAGCUCAUAUGCUGACCUGCCGUACAAUCAGUUAAAAGGGGCCUUAGAUCUGGCAACCAUUGAUGGUAAAGUAAAGCUACUGAAAGAUCUUGAUGCUUUUAAACAAGCAAGAGAAGAUAUCAUUAGAAGCGAAAGGCAGAGGAAAGGAAAACGUUAUAAACUUGCAGAAAAGCCACCAGACGAUUUUAGAAUGAUACCAGUUUGUCCCGCUAACAAAGAAAUCACGACUCAAGAACGACCUUUCCUACGAAAGAAUAUUUCAAGAGGAAGAUACGAAAAUGCCGAACACUAUCUAGAUGUUCAGUUUCGGCUGCUUCGAGAAGACUUUCUCGAGCCACUUAGAGAAGGAAUUCAUGAAACCAUCCGAAAUGUACCCAAACAGCAACGUAAGCAGUCCAUGAAAAACUACCACAGCGUACGAAUCAUCGGCAAAGAAUUCACGCGGGAUGGGAUCAUUCAUCAAGUCCAAAUCGAUGUUUCCAGAAUAGAUACCAGCAGGUGGCCAAAAUCCAAAAGACUCUUGUUUGGUUCAUUUCUUUGUCUUUCAAAAGACAACUUCAAAACUAUGCUUUUUGCUACAGUUUCUAGCCGUGAAGAGGAAAACGUGAAGCAAGGACGAAUCGACAUUCGAUUUAUCGAAGAGCAAGAUGUUCGGGGUAUCGAGAACCGCAAUCACGUUUACCAGAUGGUUGAGUCUCCCGCCUACUUCGAAUCCUAUCGUUACGUUCUCAGAGGAUUGCAAGAACUAGAUGAAGAAUCGUUGCCAUUUAAAAAAUAUCUGGUUGAGUGCAGUGCAGAAGUUGAUCCACCAGCGUAUCUAAGACGCGAUGAGACUGAGGGGCCGGUAUGCUACGAUCUUAGCAAGGCCCUUGAUGUCCCUGAUGUACCAAACGCUACAACAGUACCUGUUUUACAAUGUGAUGCUUGGCCACCAGUCAGAAAACUCCCUUUGAAUGGCUCCCAGCUCGAAGCUCUGAGAACAGCAAUCACAACUGAAUUUUCUGUAAUUCAGGGACCACCAGGAACGGGAAAAACAUACGUUGGUGCCAGAAUCGUUAGAUGUUUGCUUGAGAAUCGACGUGUGUGGGAUCCCUUCUUUGUCUCACCCAUGCUUAUGGUUUGCUACACAAAUCAUGCCCUCGAUCAGUUUUUGGAAAAGGUGUUAGAAUUCGUUCCUAAAGAUAAAAUCAUUCGUGUUGGAGGAAGAUCCAAAAGCAAGGAUCUAGAGGAAUGCAACCUGAAAAAGUUUACGUACCAACACAGGUUGUACGACAAAAGGGAUGAGCUAAGAUACAAGAUGCGGGAAAAUGAAGAUGAAAUGAAAGAUUUGAAGGAGAAACUUGCAAAGGCAGACCGCCAGCUCUUGGAGUUCGAUGACUUGGAAGAGCUAUUGCAUACAGCACAUGCGCGGGAGCUUUACAAUACUGUUUUCCCCACUAACGUAGCACCCGCUUCCCAAAUUCCAAGAAACACAUUCAGAUUAUGGUUAUGUAACAACAAAAUGGUUGGUUCAUGUAACAGAACUUCAAAUGAGUCAGUGAAUCAAAAACGCAGUAUUGAAGAAGAUGAAGUAUAUUAUGACUCAUCACUAUUGUACGCAUCGCACGAUGGCCCUGGCAAUACACCACCAACUUGUGCAUCACGAAGUCCCUCAACAGGAGUGGAUCCUUUGCCGAAGGGAAGCCCGAAGACAAAGGAAGUCGUCUACAAAGAGGGAGAGCUUACCGAAAACUCAGAUGAGUCUAUGAAGCAAAGGUGUUUAUCAUUUGAAAAAGGCCAAACCUCAACGAGGAAUCAGCCACCAAUAAAUUCUCCCAGCGAUGCACGAGUCAAACUCUCCGAAAACCCUCAAACUGUGCCGAAACUUGAUAAUGUUAAAAUUGAUAACGUAAGCAAGGCUUAUGAAGACACCAUAGUGAUAGAAAUGGAAGCUGAUCUAAUACAACAGCAAAGAUGGAUACAAGGUGACGAGGAGCGCCUGUUACCAAUAUCAAAGCCACAAAGCAAAGUUAUAACCCACAGAAGAGAACCAGAGGAAGAAAACGACGGAGGUUGGAUUGUCGUGACCAGAAAGAAAGGAAAAUCAUUGCCUUGGAAGAGGACAGAAGAAAGUAAAGAAAAGCACGCGACAAGGGCUAACAGCAACGAAUCUCAAAAGAAAGGGAAAAAGAAAAAGAAAACAAACGAAGAAAAAAUUUUUAUCACUGAGGACAUUUCUUCUUUAACAGAGAAGCUAAAAAUGACUGAAAUGCUGUCAACUGAGGAUGCGAUGCACGUUAAAAGCAUUUGGAACUUAUCACCGCUGGAUCGACUUCGAAUGUACCUCUUCUGGGUUGAGAGCUACCGCGAACGUUACAGAGUAGAAAUUUAUCGAGGCGAACAGGAGUACGAAAAGCUUUGCGAAGAGCAAGAGGCCAUUAGGUUUGAAGAAGAGGAAAGGGUCUUACGGCAAGCGACUGUAGUUGGAAUGACAACCAGUGGUGCAGCUAGAUAUCAUUCCGUGCUUCAGAGGAUAGCACCCAAGAUAGUAGUGAUUGAAGAGGCUGCUGAAGUGAUGGAAGCUCAUAUUAUCACAUCCCUCUCUAAAAACACUAAGCACGCGAUUCUCAUCGGAGACCACAAACAGCUUCGACCAAAAGCAACAGUGUAUGAGUUAGCCCAGAAGUACAACCUGGAGGUCUCACUGUUUGAACGAAUGGUAAUGAACAGCAUGGAUUGUAAACGUCUAUCUAUACAGCAUCGCAUGCGUCCUGAGAUUGCUGCCCUAACAAAGCGAAUCUACGAUCACGAAAUAACAGACCAUGAAUCAGUUUGCCAUUUUCCAGACAUAUCUGGCGUUUCCCAAAAUCUCUUCUUUAUUGAUCACAAUCAAAUGGAGAAUCGGACAGAAUUUCUGCAGAGCUAUUCUAACGAUCACGAAGCUGAUUUCGUAGUAGCCCUUUGUAGCUACCUUUUACUUCAAGGAUACGAAGGCAACCAGAUCACAGUAUUAACCAUGUACACCGGACAGUUGUUAAAUCUUCAAGAAAAGAUGCCGAGACGAAAGUUCGAUGGAGUGAAGGUUUGCGCAGUUGACAACUUCCAAGGGGAAGAAAACGACAUCAUUCUUCUGUCGCUAGUGAGAAGCAAUGAAGAAGGUCGGAUUGGUUUCCUAGGUGAGUCCAACAGAAUAUGCGUCGCAUUAUCACGGGCACGCAAAGGAUUUUAUUGUAUUGGAAACUUUAAUCUACUGAAUAACCAUUCAAAGCUGUGGAAAGAAAUAUGCGAUGAUCUAAGAACGAAACAAGCCAUUGGUGAAAAUUUACAUCUGAUUUGCAAGAGACACAAGGCAACUACUAGCGUCAGGUGGGCAAGUGACAUAACCCUCUGCUAUCUUGGAGGAUGCACUAUGCCCUGUGGAGAUCGCCUAGACUGCGGCCACGCUUGUGACAAGCUGUGCCAUGCUUCAGACGAAUAUCACAUGACGGGUUUCUGUUCCAAAUUGUGCGUCAACGCGUGUCCCAAGAAUCAUAGAUGCCAAAGUCGGUGUCAUUACCCAGAUGAGUGCCCCAAAUGCAAAGUUAUUGUGCUCAAGACACCCGCCUGUGGUCAUGAACAGCCUGUUGAAUGUGGAAGCGAUCCCGAUGAAGUCGAGUGUCAGUUUGAAUGCGAGGAGAUACUUGAAUGUGGACACGGAUGUCAGAACCCAUGUGGUUCUUCAUGUACCGAAGAAUGUAAAGUUUCCUGCAAGAAAAUUCUCCCAUGUGGACACGAAAAAAGUAUGUUUUGUUACAGGGAUCCCAAAUUUUUUCAGUGUAACAGCAAGUGUACUAAACUUCUGGAAUGUGGUCACCCUUGCUCACAGAAAUGUAAAGAAACUUGUCAAUGCAGCACCGAAAUUGAAAAAGAAUUACCUUGCACGCACAGAAUAAGGGUUCUGUGCCGAGAAAAAGACUUCGAAGUAACAUGCAAGCAAAAAUGCAUUCGAACAUUAGAAUGUGGGCAUAGUUGUCCCGGAAUCUGCUUUGAAGAUUGCCGAUUGAAAAAAUGUGACAUAAAUAUUUCCAAGAACCUACCGUGUGGCCAUCAAGAAAGUGCUCGUUGCUGCCAAGACCCUAAAACGGUCUUUUGUUACGCUCCCUGUCAACGGCCUCUGGACUGCGGACACAAGUGCCCAUCAAUUUGUGGCGUAUUUUGUUAUGAGGUUCAAUGUAAAGAAUUGUGUCAAAAGAAGUGUGAAAGAGGUCAUUCGUGCCAGAAGCCCUGCCAUUUUCCUUUACCGUGUAAUUGUACAGAAGUAGUUAAUAGCUCGAUCCCCACUUGUGGACACAGUGUUAACACGCCCUGCUAUGUUGAUCCACAAACUCUGAAAUGUGAAAGGUCAUGUGAGAGACUCAGAUUGUGUGGACACCCUUGUGAAGAUAUAUGUAGUAAUAACUGCGAAACUAGGCCUUGCAACGUACCUGUAAGUAGAACCCUACCAUGCAAUCACAUAGUGGUUUUACCUUGUCAGAAGAACAUCGAAGAGUACAUUUGCAAGAAAGAAGUAGAGGCAUGUUUGCCAUGUGGACAUAAGACGAGUUUGGAAUGCCGUAUCUUAAGGGCUGGGUUGGAGCAUGUCUCUUGCAAGAAAAAGGUGGAGAAAGAAUUGGGAUGCAAACAUAAAAUCACUCUUCCAUGCUUCAAAAAUCCUGAAGAGUGCAUCUGCCGAAAGAAAGUUGACGUUGAGCUUUCAUGUGGACACACCAAGACAGUUCCAUGUCACACUGUGACUGCAGGAUUAGAAAGUGUGCGUUGCAAUGUUAAAGUAUCACGGAUGUUGCCUUGCAAUCACGAAGUGACCCUUUCAUGCCAUAUUAAACCCGAGGAGUAUCGCUGUCAGGAGGAGAUCGAAAUCACGCUCUCUUGUGGACACCAUAACCUUACGAAAUGUGCCGAUUCGCGGGAUGAACGGCAAAGAGAAAAAUGUAACACAAAGGUGACCAAAACACUUCCUUGCGGUCAUGAAAAGCAGGUGAAAUGCUCAGACAAACCUGAAGAGGUAUGGUGUGAUGCUCCUUGUAAACGCUCUCUACUAUGUGAACAUCCUUGUCCUAAAAAAUGUGGUCAGCAAUGCUCUGGUGUCAAAUGUGCUGUUAACGUCAGAAAGACUUUGAGCUGUGGAUACCACGAGAUUAGCUGUCCUUGUUCUAAGGAUGUAUCGCAGCAUAUUUGUUCAAAAUCGUGUGUACGAAACUUGACUUGUGGUCAUCAAUGUCCUGGUAAAUGCUCUGAAGAAUGCAACCAGUACGAGUAUAAGUGCCGGACUAUAGUGAUCAAGACUCUCAAUUGUGCAGGAAAACACUCCCUUGAAAUGCUUUGCAAGGACGACCCAUCCACAAGAAAAUGCAAAGAACGUUGCAAACGGAAUCUGAACUGUGGUCAUCCGUGUCCAGGGCUUUGUAGUCAACCGUGUGGAAGUAUAAAGUGUACGCGACAAGUAGAGAAGACACAUCCCUGUGGCCACAAGGAGGAUUUAAAAUGCUUUCAAAGGAAAAAUGCAAUCUGUAAGGUACCUUGUCAGCGCCGAAUGAAAUGUAAACACAAGUGUAGAGGUCGCUGUGGUGAGCCUUGCUCGAAAUAUCCUUGCCAAGAAGUUGUAAGUAAAACACUAUCGUGUGGUCAUAACGUCAAGAUGGCUUGUAGCUUGUCUGUUGACGAUGCUCAGUGCCCUGUUCCAUGUAGACAAAAGCUUCCGUGCGGUCACCAGUGCUCUGGAACAUGCGGUGACUGUAAGCAAAAGGGAUCACACGAAAUGUGCCAAAACCCAUGUAACCGUCUUCUGGUUUGUGCACAUCGCUGUCGAGCAUUGUGCGGUGAGCCUUGCCCACCGUGUACCAGAAAUUGCGGUCGACGUUGCCCUCACAAAAAAUGCAGCCAGCAAUGCCUGGAGCCAUGCAAUCCAUGUGGGAAAACAUGCACCUGGAUUUGUCCUCAUUACACCUGCAAAAAUACGUGUGAUGAAGAGUGCGACCGUCCUCGAUGUGACGCACCCUGCCCGAAGAAGCUCCCUUGUCGCCACCCUUGUAUUGGUCUGUGUGGAGAAAACUGUCCCACUGUGUGUGCUACUUGCCAGGCCGAAAAUUUCUCUUCGAUAAUUGGUGGUCAAACGGAAAAAGCAGAAUCCAGUAGAUUUCUACAGCUUUUUGAUUGUGGUCACAUAGUGAAGGUCGAAGAGAUGGAUACGUGGAUGUUUCGUGACUGGGGAAGUGAUGUUCAACUCAUUCAUUGCCCCAGAUGCUCCACACCGAUCACCUUUAGUUAUCGAUAUGGAAACAUUAUCAAGAGGAUACUAAAAAAUACUGAAAAAGUUAAGGCACAUAUACGCCAGCUUGGAAAUGAAACUGCCAGAGAGGUCAGGGGCCUUGUGGAAAAGCUACAUCGAUGUCAAUUUGACCUGCAAUCGAUGACGUUCCCCAAACCCAUACUAAACGCGUUUUUUCAGAGAGCUUCAAGGCAACAUUACAGGAGGCCAGUCAAUUUUCGUGUUCCCCCGAUGAACUUUAUUUCUUUAAUGUACGUUCUUAGAAAUCAUCUGAUUGUUAUGCAACAGAUACAGACCGGUCAAUACAGAUUACAACACGCGAAAAAGCCAACGGCAAAUUCAGAAGAGUCCGCACCCGUCUUGAAACAACAAAUUGACAUUAUCAAAGAUGCCCUGACAGAGAUCUCAGAGUACCUAAAGACUCCUGAGUGGGAGUUGAGAACCCUUGACCAAGUGUAUGAGCAUACAAGGAAGUUUGCGCUAUUCGCUUCAAUUCUAGAAGCCAAAUCCAAGGCAAACAAUAAUUUCUCUACGAGUGGACAAUUUUUCUUGAAAAACGUUCAAGAAAAAUUUGAUUCGUUUAUUCAAGGAUCUAAUGAAGCCCUAGAAAUCGACUGGCUGGAAAGAAUCGCAGCUGAGGUGAGGAACGAGGUAAGCCUCCUACCACUACCCAAGGAAGAACCCAAAGACUUUGAGAACUUUCCAGGUUUUAAUAGUGACAUAUGGAGAGUAUGUGAACACCGUGAAGUGGUUUUCACCAAGUCACUCUUGCGAAGAGGAGAAAAUAUUACUGAGGUGCACGGAACAUGCAAAGAGUGCGUCGACUUCGCAACAAAACAAGAGAAAUGAAGGCGAAGCAAAGUGGAGGGUUUCUUGGUGAACUAACGCCUUCGCCUUCUUGAAGAAUGUGAUGAACACUAUAUCUGAAAAAAAAUCAUUACACUUAAACUGAAAGACCUGAAAAAAAAACAACUCCGGAUACCUUAAAACCCGUGUAUAAGAACCUAGAUUUUUCCAACUUAGCCUAAAUAGGUUCUUAAUUUGAUAGGGGCACUAUCAAUCAGCACAGAAAACUACUACAGGGCAUAGUAUGUGAUAUGGAAUAUGCUUUGCUGCAUUUAAUAACUAUCUAGAAUACAGUUUCAAUGUGCUUCCAAAAAAACUGUGACUUUCAAAAUGAGAGAGACAUAUGACGCUGUAUUGUUAAUACAGUAUUUCCUCCAAUAAUAGCCGCGGGCGAUUAUUUUUUUCUUCGCAUUACAAGGGGGUGAUUAUUCGAGGGAGGCGAUUGUUUUAAAUAUUGCUCACUGGAAGCCGUGCCCUAAAUAUUUUGUUUUGUUAUGCCAUUAAAUAUUAAUCGAAUCAAAUAAACUGAACAUGGGUUUUUCAAGUGUUCCAAAUUUGGUUCUUUGAUAAAUUUACAGAGCUUGAAUCAUCACUGAUCAGUUUUGCUGGAUCAGAUUCCAGUUCAACUUGACAGGGAGGAGAUAAAAGAAAGAGACGAUGGCGAGAGGGGUGCGGCGAUUAUUUCAAAUAUUUCCUUCAAAGAAGGGCGAUUUUUCGAGGGAGGCGAUUAAACGAGGGCCGGCUAUUAUUCGAUGAAAUACGGUAAUCCCAUUGCGUAAUCCAGUAUUGGCAAAGACAUGAUAUGGUUUUUAUUUUAGUCCAUUCUUUAAAUCUUACUGACUCAAAGCUAGACUAAAAUUUUUUUUCUGUAUUUUCAUCUCUGCAUUCAUUUUUGAAAAGUAAGAACCUAUUGAAAACUCUGGGCUAAAUAGGUUCUUAUGAAAAGGGGGUUUAAAAUGAAAAUGUUGGCCUGACAGGUUCUUGAAUUUUAGUUGUUGAAUCUACAUUUAUUGACAAGAUUGAUAUUUAACACUAACAAAAUUUUAGAAACGUUCAGUCCUUGUGGCCAUGGGCCUGCUAAACCUCCCUGAUGUUAGACACACACUGAUAGACAUAGGUACCACUCUGUUGUGUAUUAGUGGGUAUUUAACAAUUAUUCCUCGAGACCGAAUGGGCUGUGAGUCAAUAGCCUCAAUAUUUUCGAUAUUUUUGACCAACUAGUUGGAUUUUACUAAAACAAUUAUUCCUCUGGCCGUCAUGGUCUCUGAGUCAAUAGCCCAAGCAUGAGGCUGAAGGCCGAAUGGGCUAGACUUUAACCCUACCAAAAAGCCCGGGCUUUUCUCUACUAGUGGGCUAUAACAUAUAGCCUAGUAGUAGCUCAACCAAUCAGAACGCAGCAUUGAUAAUAGACCACUAGUUAGAUUUUACUAAAAUGGGUCACCUGGCCGCACCUUACCUAUAAAUUUAAUACACGAGACUGCCCGACGAUGCGACCCAUCCAGCGGCACAUCCCUAUUAUCCUCUUAUAGGGAAGUACCCUCAGGGGUCAAUGUAUCUGAUAGCAGCCAAGAAUGACGUGAGCUUUAGUUACAACUGAUAUGAUCACGCUUGUGUUCCACGACUACGAAAUUGAGCAAAGCACUCCCUAAGUGAUUCCGUAGCUAAAGAUAACCCACACGUUAAAUGGUUAUUGUAUUGUAAUAUUUCAAAACAGUAGGCCACACCUUUCAUAACUUAGGGUGUUCAAGCGAAGAUAAAGAAAGAAAAAUCAAUAAUUCUUCAUUUCUUGUUUCCAUUGAAGCUUCAACAGACAUGAACAAAUUAAAGGACAAUGCUCUUGCGGACAAAGUCCGUUUUUUUAAUGCGAAACAAGUACGAAUUAGCUAGCUUCCCAAUCAAAAUAGAGAGACGGUGCACAACGUUCAAAUUGUCUAGGCCCGUCAACACUCAAAAUGUUACGGAAGUGAAAGAGCAGAACUGAACUGACAUAAUUCUGGCCAGGAGAUGGCAAGCACCCUAGCGCGGGUAAUCCCUUAUAAAUGCCAUUUGAGAAUGUGCCACCCAAAGGGUAAGGUUUCUGGGCCUACACGGAUAUACACUUCGCCCAUUUUGGUACCAAAUCGGGUAUGGUUUCCGAAAGUACGAAAGCGUAUGAACCUCAUGUUAUCGAUUCGAUUCCAAAUGAAUAAGAAUGAAAUAGAAAUAUGCGAAUUCGAAAUGCAUUUGAAGA